GGGCGCAGGGUCAGCCCAAGGUAACCGAAGGCGAGUGCGUCCGAGGCAGGCUGACCGACACGCACCAGUCAUGGGAACUCAGCACCUGCGAGACGCUCCUGCCCUUCAUGUGCCGCGUGGAGGCCUGCACCAAGGGCGCCGUCCACUGCUCCAACGGGAGGUGCAUCAACAAGGCGUUCCAGUGCGACGGCCAGAACGACUGCGGCGACAUGAGCGACGAGAUGGACUGCCCCAACCAGUGCAACUUCUACACGCAGUCCUCCGGCGAGUCCAUCGAGAGCCCCGAGUACCCGAAGAAGUACGGGCCGAACCUGGACUGCAAGUGGACGCUGGAGGGCCCCAUCGGCCACAACGUCAUCCUGCAGUUCUCGGAGUUCGACACGGAGAGGAACUUCGACACCGUGCAGAUCCUGAGCGGCGGCCGGACCGAGGACUCCGCGGCCUCGCUCACCACGCUCUCCGGCAGGCAGGACCUCACCAACAAGCUGUUCAUUUCGGCCUCCAACUUCAUGAUCGUCAAGUUCAAGACCGACGCCUCGGUGGAGAAGAGAGGGUUCAGGGCAUCGUGGAAGACCGAGCCCCAAGAUUGCGGCGGCGAGUUGAUUGCGACGCCCCAGGAACAGGUCAUGACCUCCUACAACUAUCCCCUUGAGUAUCCCGGCGGCCUCGAGUGCCUGUACAUCCUCAAGACUCAGCAAGGUCGCGUCAUCACGCUCGAGAUUCUGGACUUGGACCUCGAAGAUGAAAACGACUUCAUCCUGAUCCGCGACGGAAGCACGCCCUCCGACGCGAUGCUGGCCCGCCUCACCGGCUCCCAGGACGAGAACCCCAAGUUCAUCAUCUCCACGGGGCCCUUCAUCUACUUCUACUUCCAAACCAACCUCGGGGUGUCUCGCAGAGGCUUCAGAAUAAGGUAUUCCUCCGGCUGCUCAGUGACAAUCGAGGCAUCAAAGGGGACGAUCACCUCCCCAGCUUUCGGCAUCAGCGACUACCCGACCAACCAGGAGUGUAGUUAUCUCAUCAAGCGUCCUGGCGGAGGCUCUCUGUCACUUAAGUUCAACGCUUUCGACGUGGAGGAGAAGGACGCCAUCCAGGUCUACGACGGAAUGACAUCCUCCCAGGGAUUCCGACUCCAUUCCGGAAACGGCUUCUCAGCUAAGAACCCUCCUUCGUUCACUCUCACGGCCGAUUCAGGAGCCAUGUUCCUCAUGUUCAACUCCGAUCCUUUGAGACCUGCCGCUGGAUGGUCCGCCAACUUCUCUGCUGACUGCCCCAAGUUGAACGCUGGAGAGGGUGCCAUUGCGUCCCUGACAGACACCUCCUUCGACAGCGUUGUUACUUACACUUGCCCUGUUGGUCAGGAAUUUGCCAACAACAAGACCUCCAUCGUCACAAAAUGUAUGCCAGGAGGCUUUUGGUCAGAGGACUACAUCCCCAACUGCCAAGUUGUGUAUUGUGGCCCCGUGCCCCAAAUUGACAAUGGAUUCAGCAUCGGUGCCACGAAUGUGACUUACCGCGGACAGGCAACUUACCAGUGUUAUGCUGGCUUUGGAUUCCCGAGUGGAAAGCCCGUGGAGACAGUCAAGUGCACAGAACUUGGAGUGUGGGAGAAACUACCAGAGUGUCUUGCAUCACAGUGCCCUGCCCUUCCUGAGACUCCUUUCGCCAGCCAAGAGGUUCUCAACGGUGGCGGACGAAGCUAUGGUACCGUUGUGAGGUUCGAGUGUGAGCCUGGCUACUACCGCACUGGAUUGCCCGUCAUUCACUGCAUGUCCAAUGGCUCUUGGUCUGGCGAUGUCCCCACAUGCUCUAGGAUUCAGUGCCACGAGUAUCCUGAGAUUGAAAAUGGGUUUAUUGCGGAUGUGACUCGCAACUACUACUACGGGGAUGAGGCCCGAGUCCAGUGCCACCGUGGAUACAAGCUGAUCGGUUCCCCCAUCGUCAAGUGCGGACCUGAGCAGAACUUCGUCAACCUCCCAACUUGUGAAGAUAUUAAUGAGUGCGAAGCGGCCCAGUGUGAUGCAGCUUCAACUGAGUGCAAGAAUACUCCUGGAGCAUUUUCAUGCAUGUGCAAGGCAGGCUUCCGACCCAACCUUAAUUGCCGUCCGAGAGGCGACUUGGGCUUGUCUGAUGGUGGAAUCCCCGACGAUGCCAUUAGCGUGUCUACUACUGCUGCAGGUUAUGAAAAGAAUAGCGUUCGCUUGAACUCGCAGCCAGGAUGGUGUGGUGCUGUGCCCGUCCCAGGCCGCAACUGGGUUAUGGUUGACCUUAGAGUUCCCACUGUUAUCAUCGGCUUCCGAACACAGCCUGUUGGACUCACUGAUGGCCAGCUUGCCUUUGCCAAAUCAAUUCGUCUCCAAUAUACCGAUGACCUAACAGAUGUAUUCAGGGAGUAUACAAACAAUGAUGGAUCACCAGUCGAGUUCAGGAUCACAUCAGGAGCUUCUUUGUCGGUGGUGAAUCUGCCAACUCCUGUGGAGGCCCGCUACAUCCGCCUUACCUUAGCUGAUUAUGAACAAGCUCCUUGCCUCAAGUUUGAGCUGAUGGGUUGCGCCCGCCAAGACUGUACUGAUAUCAAUGAGUGCGAGGACAACAAUGGAGGAUGUGACCAGAGGUGCAUUAAUUCUGCAGGUUCUUUCUCUUGUCUCUGCAAUGUUGGAUAUGAUCUGUUCACAGAAAACGGAACCGCUGGAUACGUUAUUGAGAGAUCUGAAAGCGGAUUGAGGGAUGGUGACACCUACCGCCUCAACAAGACCUGUGUUCGCAAAAUGUGCCCUGCUCUUGAGUCGCCAGAAAAUGGAAAGUUACUCGACACUCGAAGCAUGUAUCACUACGGCGAUCUUGUUAAAUUCCAUUGUAAUUUCGGUUAUGUUAUGAUUGGAUCUGACACCCUGACAUGCACCAGCAACGGAGUAUGGAAUGGCACAUUACCAGAAUGCCGUUAUGCAUCAUGUACACCACUGCAAGAUGAUCCAGCUCAAGGCCUGACAAUUAAUUAUGCAUCUCCUGAUGAACCAGUAGUCCCCUUCAUGUCAAAUGUGACAGUCAGUUGUAAUGUUCCAGGAAGACCACUACGGAAGACAUUGACAUCUGGCUUCCGUGAGUGCGUGUAUGACCCCCAGCCUGGCCUCCCUGAGUACUGGCUCUCUGGUAUUGCUCCUCAGUGCCCCCGUGUCAGCUGUGGUUUGCCUGCUGAGACUCCUGGUGCCACAUAUGGAUUCUUCAAGGAUACUCUUUACGAAACCAAUUUCUUCUUUGGCUGUGAAGAAACUUUCAGCCUUGCUGGCCAAACUAGCAGAUUUGACAAUGCUGUACGCUGUCUGUCUGAUUCCAACUGGGAUUUCGGUGACCUGAGGUGUGAAGGCCCUGUAUGUUCUGACCCAGGACACCCACCUGAAGGUAUUCAAAUUGCCACAAGCUAUGAGCAAGGAUCUCGUGUUAGCUUUGACUGCACUCGACCAGGAUACAUCCCUAUCACUGAUGAGCCCAUCCGCUGCGUUAGAGAACCAGAAUGCCGUGUUGUUGCUCCCAUUGGCAUAACAUCUGGCAAGAUUCCAGCCUCUGCAAUUAAUGCUACCUCAGAAAGAGGCAACUACGAGGCUCGCAACAUCCGACUCAACUCUGCCACUGGUUGGUGCGGACAGCAAGAGGCUUUCACAUAUGUGACAGUAGAUUUGGGUAAAGUGCACCGAAUUAAGGCUGUUUUGGUCAAGGGCGUUAUCACCAAUGAUGUUGUUGGACGACCAACUGAAAUCCGAUUCUUCUACAAGAAGCAAGAGGGAGACGAUUACAUUGUAUAUUUCCCCAAUUUCAACCUUACUGCAAGAGACCCUGGAAACUAUGGAGAAUUGGCAAUGAUCACUUUGCCAACAGUUGUUACUGCUCGCUUUGUCAUCCUUGGCAUUGUGAGCUAUGACAAGAACCCCUGCCUUAAGUUUGAGCUUAUGGGAUGCGAAGACGAGCCUGCUGAAAACCGCCUCCUUGGUUAUGAUAUGGGUUACCCUGUGUGUGUUGACAACGAGCCACCUCAGUUUGCCAAUUGUCCAGUCAACCCCAUUGUGGUACAGAAAGGUCCAAAUGGAGUCCAAAGUGUCAAUUUCACAGUACCUACCGCAUAUGACAACUCUGGUAUGAUUGCCAGGACAGAAGUGAGACCACCAGGUUUCCGUCCUCCAAUCCACAUCUUCAAGGACACAAUGGUGGAGUAUUUAGCAUUUGAUUUCGAUGGAAAUGUUGCCAUCUGUCAGAUCAAUAUCACUGUCCCAGAUGACAUUCCUCCAUCAAUCACCUGCCCCCAGAGCUACGUUAUUGAAUUGGUCGAGGAACAAGAGAACUACAGAGUCAACUUCAAUUCCUCUCUAACAUUGUCUAGUGUAAAUGCAAGUGAUAACAGCGGGGAAUUCACCCUGAAGGUAAUGCCAGAAGUUGCGCUGAUCCGUGUUGGUGGCUAUGAGAAUGUGACUGUAGUUGCCACUGAUCCCUCAGGAAAUAGUGCUUCUUGCAACUUCCAGGUAGCUGUACAAGCCACUGCUUGUGUAGAUUGGGAACUGAAGGCUCCAGCCAACGGCAAGCUGAACUGCCUUCCAGACCAGGGCGAAGGUGUGCAGUGUUUGGCAACUUGUGAUACAGGAUUCAGAUUUACUGACAACAUGGCAGUGAAAACUUUCACCUGCACAGAGGAGAACUUGUGGCAACCAAGCCGCAUGGUGCCAGACUGUGUGAGUGAAAAUACAGAACAAGCUAGCUAUGAUGUUGUAGCAGAUGUUAUGUACCGAGCAAAUGGAGCUGUGCUACCAACAUGUCUCCCUCAGUAUGAAAGUCUUGUGCAGCAGUUUUAUGAGAGCCUCAAUGGUGUCUUAUCUAGCCGCUGCUCAGCUGCAGUUAAUGUUGCUAUCGAUGUCAUGUUCCAUGAAACAAGACUGAAGUUGGUACAAGAAAAUAUGGUUCAUGUCUCCUAUGUACUGCGUAUCACACCUGAGGUUAAGCAGAAACUUCUCUACGACCUCUGUGGCUCCACUCUGUCUCUCAUCUUUGACCUUAGUGUACCUUCAACAUCUGCUGUAAUUGAGCCAAUCCUUGACUUGUCAUCUGCAGGUAAUGCCUGCCCACCAAUGCAAGCACAAAGGUCUAAUGUUUCACGAGGCUUUACUUGCAAUGUUGGUGAAGUCCUCAAUACUGAGACAUCAGAAGUGCCAAGAUGCCUACACUGUCCUGCUGGAACCUUUGCCAGAAGGGAAGAGACAAUGUGUACACCUUGCGUGGCUGGGUUCUACCAAGACCAGAGUCGCCAAGGUUCUUGCAAGCGCUGUCCCCCAGGAACUUACACUAGAACCAAUGGCACUAAGUCAAGCAUCGAAUGUGUACCUGUAUGUGGAUUUGGAACUUACUCACCAACUGGUCUUGUUCCUUGCCUCAACUGCCCACGCAACUCUUACACAGAAGCACCUCCCGAAGAUGGCUUCAAGGAGUGUCAGGCUUGUCCACCAGAAACCUUCACUCAUGCUCCCUCUACUGCUUCACAACAGAUGUGUCGCCAGAAAUGCCGACCUGGAACUUACUCGGACACAGGGCUGGAACCUUGCGCACCUUGUCCACGAAACUUCUAUCAGCCUUCAAUUGGCAGCACAAGUUGCUUUGAAUGCUCUACAGGAAAUUACACUGAUGAUGAGGGUGCUACAUCAAGUGAGAUGUGCUUAUCUGUUGCUUGUUCAGGAGUUUGUCAGAAUGGUGGAUUAUGCUUGGCUCGCCAACAUCAGGUACAGUGCUAUUGUCCUGCAGGCUUUACUGGACAGUUCUGCGAAGUUGAUGUCGACGAAUGCGCUUCUAGGCCUUGUUACAAUGGUGGCAGUUGCGUGGACCUUCCUCAGGGAUACAGAUGCGACUGCUCUGAAGGCUACAGUGGCUUACAGUGCCAAGACGAAGUGAGCGAAUGUGUAGAAGGCACCUGUCCAGACCGCGCAAUGUGCAAAGAUGACCCAGGCUUUGGUACCUUUGAGUGUCUUUGCCGCUCUGGUUACACUGGGGUAGGAUGUAACAUUACUGUUAACCCAUGCACAGAAAAGGGCAACCCAUGCGCCAAUCAAGCAACAUGUGUACCUCUAGACCAAGGAAGAUUCCGAUGUGAAUGUCAGGCUGGCUGGGAGGGCCGUCUCUGCGAAGUGAACAUCGACGAUUGUGCUGAAGAUCCUUGCCUGCUUGGAGCAAAUUGCACAGAUCUGCUCAAUGACUUCCAGUGUGACUGUCCCAGUGGAUUUACUGGCAAACGCUGCCAUGUGAAGGUUGAUCUUUGCCAGAACUCUCCUUGCAUGAAUGGUGUUUGUGUGGAUAAUUUCUUCUCUCACUCAUGUGUGUGCCACCCUGGCUGGACUGGUGAGAGCUGUGAGGUCGACAUUGAUGAGUGUGCAUCUGAACCCUGCCAGAAUGGUGGUCAGUGUGUGGAUAGAGUCAAUGGGUAUCAAUGUGCUUGUGACACCGGAUAUACUGGCAAAGUCUGUCAACAUACAAUUGAUGACUGUGCAUCAGAACCUUGCCAGAACGGUGGUACCUGCGUCGAUGAACUGGAUGGCUUCUCAUGCGAAUGCAGACCUGGCUUUGUAGGACUCCAGUGUGAAGCUUCUAUUGAUGAAUGCAUAAGCAGUCCUUGCAAUCCAGUUGGCACAGAAAAGUGUCUUGAUUUAGAUAACAUGUUCAAGUGCAAGUGUCAUGUAGGAUAUGAAGGCGAGUUCUGUGAAGUCAACAUCAAUGAAUGCGAACCAGAUCCUUGCCAUAACGGAGCUGUGUGCACAGAUGGAGUUGCAGACUUCACAUGCACCUGUCAACCGGGAUGGACUGGCAAGCGCUGCGAACUGGACAUCGGCGGCUGCGAGUCGGCACCUUGUCUGAACGAUGCUCAGUGCAUCAAUCUCUUUGAGGAUUACUUCUGCGUGUGCCCAUCAGGCACGGACGGCAAACGGUGUCAGGUGACCCCAGAGCGCUGUGUAGGCAACCCCUGCAUGAAUGGUGCUUCAUGCCAAGACUACGGUUCAGGCCUCAACUGUACUUGCUCCGAGGACUUCACUGGAAUUGGUUGCCAGUUUGAAUUCGAUGCUUGUGAGGCUCAGCUCUGCGAGAAUGGUGCUACAUGCAUCGACCGAGGUGCAGGCUACCAGUGUGUGUGCCCACCAGGCUUCACAGGUAGACACUGUGACCAGGACAUCGCUGACUGCACGUCAACCUCCUGCCCCCCUGGCGCUACCUGCAUCGAUCUUACAAAUGACUUCUAUUGCAAGUGCCCCUUCAACCUCACUGGCGAGGACUGCAGGAAAGUCAUCAACGUCGACUACGAACUUUACAUCAACGACGAGAGCAAGGCCUCGAGCGCCUCCCUGGCCACGCCCUUCCAUCUGGGCAUGGCGCCGUCGUUCACGGUGGCCAUGUGGGUGCAGUUCGCUACCUCUGACGACCUUGGAACAUUCUUCACUCUUUAUUCCGUCUCGAGCCCAUACAUGCCAACAGAUAAGAAGGUACUGCUCCAGGCCACGAAUGCCGGAAUCGCAGUUGAAUUCUUUGAGGACGUAAAGGAAUUUGUGACGUACCGCUCCAACAUUCCCGUUAAUGAUGGCCAGUGGCACCAUGUCGCCCUGGUGUGGGACGGCGCUGAAGGCACUCUGACCCUCACCACCGAUGCCGUCGUCGUGGCACAGGUGGAAGGAUUCGGACAAGACCGCAUGCUGCCGAUGUAUGCUUGGGUGACGCUCGGAUCCGUAGAGUCAGAGUUCGCAGGAUACACGAACGAGCGUGGAUUCCAUGGACGCAUCGCUCGUCUGAAUGCCUGGAAUCGCGCCUUGGACUUCCGUACAGAGAUUCCCAAAAUGGUCCGCUCCUGCAUGAACUCGCCCGUGAUCUUCGACGGCCUCCUCCUGAGAUGGACCGGCUACGACAGCGUCAAAGGGAACGUUGAGCGCGUCGGCCCUUCAACCUGCGGCCAGUACGUGUGUCCUCCGGGCUACACUGGGGACUGCUCCGUGCUGGAGAGGGACAAGACCCCACCUCGCGUGAACCACUGCCCCGGAGACAUGUGGGUCAUCACUCGCAACGGGUCAGAGGUCGUGACCUGGGAUGAACCCGUCUUUUCCGACAACAUUGGUGUUACACAGAUAGUUGACAAGUCCGGCUAUUCUUCUGGUCAGGCCUUCACAUGGGGAACCUACGACAUUGCAAGAGUGGCCUACGAUGCCGCUGGUAACUCCGCAACCUGUGCUUUCAACAUCUACGUCCUCGAAGACUUCUGCCCCAAGUUGGACGACCCUGUGGGCGGCAUUCAGCGCUGUGCCGACUGGGGUCCCGGUGGCCGAUUCCAGGUGUGCAAGAUCGAGUGCAAUGAUGGCCUCAAAUUCUCGCAGGAGGUCCCCGACUUCUACACCUGCGGUGCCGAGGGCUUCUGGAGGCCGACGCCAGACCCGACCUUCCCCCUCGUAUACCCUGCCUGUGCCCCAGCCACCCCUGCCCAGAGAGUGUUCAAGAUCAACAUGCAGUUCCCGUCCUCAGUCAUCUGCAAUGCCGCCGGCCAGAAUGUGCUCAGCGAGAAGAUUCGUCUCGCACUGAACAAGCUCAAUGCCAACUGGAACUUCUGCACUGACACUGCAACAUCCACUGGCAUCUGCAACGGCCUUGACGUGGCUGUCGACUGCUCUAGAAGAAGCAGGCUGGCUCGCGAGGCCGUCGACGUCAGGGCGAAGAGGCAGGCCACCCCUGACUCUGACGAUGUUUAUGACGUCAAGAUCACCUUCCCAUCUGUCAAUGACGGUCUGAGUGCCAGCAGGAGCCGAAGGGAGACAGAUCAGGCAUACCAGUAUAAUCUGAAGGUCUCUUUUGCUGCCAAGAACGACCCCGUCCAGCACUCCAACGCCGAGCUCGAGUCCACCGUCAGGCGUCUCAUCGAAGGCAUCAUUCUGGAGAAGGACGAGUUCGACGUCCGCGACGCCCUGCCCAAUGUGGUCCCCGACCCGUCCUCGCUCGAGCUGAACUCCGAGUACUCCUGUCCCGUGGGCAAGGUUGUAGUUGGCAGCGAAUGCGUGGACUGCGCCCCUGGCACAUAUUACAGUACCGAGAGCAAAACAUGCGAGCUUUGCGAGCUGGGAACCUACCAGAACGAGAUGGGCCAGGUCGCCUGCAAGGCCUGUCCCCAGCGAGCAGGUCGCCAAGGCGUGACCAAGAUCCCCGGCUCCCGUUCUGCCGAGGACUGCCAGGAGCGCUGUGCUGCUGGAAGGUACUUCGACGAGCAGAUGAGCGUCUGCCGCUCUUGUGGCUACGGAUACUUCCAGCCUGAUGAGGGCAAGUUCUCCUGCAAGAGGUGCGACCGCGGCCUCACCACGCGCACCAAGGAAGCCGUCUCCGCCUCCGAGUGCCGCGAGGAGUGCGAGUCUGGUCUCCAGCUGGGAACCACCGGCCCGUGCGAGCCGUGCCCGCGAGGCACCUACCGUACCAAGGGCAUUCACUCGUCGUGCAUCCGCUGCCCCGCCGACCGCACGACCCAAGGACCCGGCGCCUCGUCCCUGGAAGAGUGUUCUCUCCCUAUCUGCAUCGCCGGCACCUUCCUGUCGAACUCCGAGUGCCUGCCGUGCCCCAAGGGUUACUACCAGCCCGAGGCCCUCCAGACAGUCUGCCUGAGCUGCCCGCAAGACACCUCGACCCGUGACGUUGGCGCCACUUCGGAGGAGGAAUGUUCCAACCCGUGCGAGGUUCACGGAGAACAGAUGCUGUGCGAUUCCAACGCGCUCUGCCUCUUCAUCUCGGAGACCAGCGACUUCGAGUGCCGCUGCAAACCCGGAUACAACGGAACCGGCGAAUACUGCGUCGAUAACUGUGACAAUUUCUGCGAGAACAAUGGCUUGUGCAAGAAGAACGAGGACGGAGAACCCUACUGCGUGUGCUCUGGUUCCUUCACUGGCAGCAGAUGCCAUCUCAAGAGCGACUUCACCUACAUCGCCGGUGGCAUCGCAGGGGCCGUGGUGUUCGUCAUCCUCAUCGUCCUGUUGGUCUGGAUGAUCUGCAUUCGGGCCACGAGGCGAAGGGAGCCGAAGAAGGGCUUCCUGGCGCAGCCCUCGACGGACCCCAACGGAUCGCAGGUCAAUUUCUACUACGGCGCCCCUGCUCCCUACGCGGAGAGCAUCGCGCCCUCGCACCACUCCACCUACGCCCACUACUACGACGACGAAGAAGACGCCUGGGAGAUGCCCAACUUCUACAAUGAAACCUAUAUGAAGACUGGGUUCCAGAAUGGUGCAGGAAAUAGUCUGGCUCGCUCUAACGCUUCCAUCUACGGCAACAAAGAAGACCUGUAUGAUCGUCUGCGCAAACACGCUUACCAAGGGAAGAAAGGUGAGGAAGACUGAGAUCUCACUAGCCAGCUUGUGUGAUGUUCAGCAACGAUGCAUGGACAUGGCUGAGACAAUAUGAUACUUAAACGAACUCAAAAUAAUAAUAAUAAAUAAUGCUGCCAAUGUAUAGAAGAAAGAGUUAGCAUGCAAGUAUAAUCACCCAGCAAGGCAAGGUUUUGUCGCGCUGUGAGAAGAUUGGGUUUUUGAAAAAAAAAAUGCAGUUUUGAAUACUCAUCUAUGUAUAGCAUGGGCUCGUGGACAUUCUUGCAAUAUUUACAAAUACUGCAUGAACCUAUUGUAAAACAGCUAAUUCAUGAUGUGCAUGUGUCAGAUGUUUUACACUGUAUAUAUAAUGGUUUAUACUAUAUUCAGGACAUGAUUGUGUGAUACCCCCGUCUGACUAGAUGAGGGAGAACAUGACCCUAUUGACAGGCACGCUAGUACGAGUGAUGCAUGAGAUUUAGAUAGAUCAGCAGCAUCACAGAGCAGGUUGACCCCUUUUUUCCCGUUAUGCUUAUCUUUGGAAAGUCCGACUUUGUUGCGAGAGUAAUAAGAAAUACCCGCCAUCUGGAGGAGUAGAAGAUAGCUUACCGUUACUGAAUGUCACCCGUCAAGAUUCUUUUUCUUUCUUCUUCUGUUUCUUCUCCUCCCUCUUCUUCUUCCUUUCGAAGUCAGUAUUAGCUAUCAUGUGUAACUCUACUAUUCAACAAAAUUAACUGUUCUGUUAGUUCGGUUCUUGACCCAUUGCUCACCUCUCUUGCCCUCUCUUUCUGGGCGACAGUCAAAACAUCAAAAUAUCCAAAGGUUGUAGGGAAACCAGCACUACAUAUGUCCUGCUAAAAGACUCGUGGUAAUGGCAUGGUAACUGGUCAUACUGCAUCCUGACCUUCACAUUCCAUAGAAUCCCAGUAGCCUCACACUUGCAUGUACUAAUCUGCAUGAAUUAUGUCUUUUUAUUGUAUUUAUAAAGAAAAUAUUUCAUAUACAUUUCAAUUCUUACAUUGCUCAUAUCGUUCUAUAUGAAAAUCAAAAUGAUUAUAUUUUUUCCUGUAGUCAAAAACUUAAUUAUUGCCCUAAAUUCUGAAAUUCUGAUAACAUGGGUACACAGGAGAAAAGCAUGCAAAAGAAACACACGCACACGAAAACACACGUACACCUACACACACACACACUUACAUAGACAAAAACAGGUUUGGGUUAAGCAGCGUCUUACUUUCACCUCCUUGGUGGUAAUGUGUCCAUUUCUUCUUAUUUCCUCAACAGAUAAAGACGAGACAGUUGACAGUGACGACCAAAAUCUUUGAUUGUUGUUGCAUAUUCUAAAGUGUCAAAACAUAUAUCUAUUAUGUUAAUUAGUUUCUAAUUAGUUUACGACGUGGUCACCUUUUGUUUUUUCUCUUACAAAAUGGUUAAAAAAAAGGAGAAUCGGUAAAUGAUGUAUAGUACACGACUCCACCGGUUGGCAAAAAUAAAGCUUCUGGAAAAGAAUGGCAUUAUUCCACAUAUCACCAACCGCAAGGAAUCUCGACUGACGGUGCCUGUCCUUAGACUAGGAGCAAAGAAGCAGGGUUAGACGGAGGCUAACGUGGCCCUGCAGGAGCCCCCUUGGCCCCUGACUAACCCGCCCCGUGCCCUGAUCAUUUCAUCAGCGGUUGACCCCCAUAAUGGUAACCCGGAGCUGGACCUCAAGGCGAGAGACUUAGGACAAUAGUUUCUGUUAAAGGGUUUAUGCUUUCAGAAGACAAGAGUCACGGAGAAAGUCUUAAAACUGUAGUGUUAGGAGUCGGUGCCUCUCCUCCUCUUGAGUUCCAGCUCUGAGGGACAUACUUGUGUGAAGUUAAUUAUAUUUUCCCGAACUCAGGUGUGUGGAUCAGUUAUCACGUGUGAAUGCGAGUGUAUGUGAUUUUGUUAUACUACUCAAGAUUAUUCAUUGUCAGACAAUUACAAAUUCGUUUUUCUACUGGUAAUGUCAUUUUACCAAACACCAUGGUUUGUGCAGGCAAUCCUUAUUUAUUUAUGCACUAGUUAACAUUUCUUCAUCUUUUAUUUUGUAUUUGCUGAGAAUAAAAAAUGACUACUUGAGAUUUGGUGCGAAAGGGAUCUGAGUUCAGAGCUGUACAAGUAUACAGUUUUAAUGUAUUGUUAAGUUUAUUGUGGGAUGCAGUAAGGUUUUUUUAAGAAAUUUUACUGUUUAACUGUUUAUAUGGAUUAAAUACAUUCCAAAGUAUAUUUCACAACUGUAUAACUUUAUAGGCUACAAUAUUAUUGUAAAAAAAAUAUUUCCUUGCGGACAUUUCUCUGUCCUGCUCAAGAUUGUGAAUACACCUUAUUUUUUGUCAAAUAUUUGUAUACUGUAAUAUUAACAAAUAUACUCUGUAAGCCCUUACAACACAUAAAUAAACUUAAAUUUUAAU